UAAGUGCAUUCGGAUCAGGGAGCGGAGCCGGUGUAAGGGGCCAGUGUGUGAACCUGCCCGAGGUUGGGGCUGCCAUGGUGUGAGGUGCGGGCGGUGCCGCAGCGAACAAUGGUCAGCGCGAUGUCGGUGGAUGCGGUCAGGAGGAAGAUCAGGAGCCUGCAGGACCAGGCAGAUGUGGCGGAGGAGAAAGCAGAGAGGCUGCAGAGGGAGGUGGAGAGUGAGCGACAGUGCCGAGAGCAAGCUGAAGCUGAUGUUGCCUCUCUGAACAGACGUAUCCAGCUGGUUGAGGAGGAGCUGGACAGGGCCCAGGAGCGUCUGGCUACAGCUCUGCAGAAACUGGAGGAGGCUGAGAAGGCUGCAGACGAGAGUGAAAGAGGGAUGAAGGUUAUUGAGAACAGAGCCCUGAAGGAUGAGGAGAAGAUGGAACUACAGGAGAUCCAGCUUAAGGAGGCCAAACAUAUUGCAGAGGAGGCUGACCGCAAAUAUGAAGAGGUUGCCCGUAAACUGGUCAUCAUUGAGAGUGACUUGGAGCGGACUGAGGAGCGAGCUGAGCUCUCUGAAUCUAAAUCUGCUGAGCUUGAAGAGGAGUUGAAAACUGUGACCAACAACCUUAAGUCACUGGAGGCUCAAGCUGAGAAGUACUCACAAAAGGAAGACAAGUAUGAGGAGGAAAUAAAAGUCCUGAGUGACAGACUGAAAGAGGCUGAAACCCGUGCUGAAUUUGCAGAGAGGACUGUUGCCAAGUUGGAAAAAUCCAUUGAUGACUUGGAAGACCGCCUGUAUCACCAACUUGAGCAAAACCGUCUUCUUGCUAAUGAGCUUAAGCUGGCCUUGAAUGACCUGAGUGACUGAUUUGAGGGGUGGUAUCUAGCCUGUUUCUGACCAUUGUAUUUUUUCCACUGACUAGUAUUAGAUUACUGUAGGGUUGUGUCCCUCAAUAUGAUCAGUUUCUUUCACCCCUUAGACUCGUAUAAUUUAGUCAGCUUUGCUAUUCCUUGAUUAAAAUUUCUCAGUAAGUUAACUGGUCUGCAGGACAACAGCUGCUUCAGUGUAAGUGCAAUGCCAUCAUUCCACAGGACAAAAAUUCUGAUUGGUACAACUUUAAGCCAGUGUUUUUAGAUGUGCAUGUGUAGGUCCAGCCAGAUACCUGUGUAUGUGUGUUUUGUACGUUCAAGUUUUCUAUAUCUUUGCAUCACCCUAUUUCGUCAUCUUUGCUGUUGAAAGAUUAACAUUCUGCCGAAAAGAAUUUGGAUUUGUCCAGAUCCUUGCACAACCUUUAUCCAAUGCUUUAGAAACAUGAAAUAUAGUCUCUCGUAUAACAGGGAAAAUUAGACUCCUUAUGGAACUUUUGCUCAGAAUUGUCUUCAUUUUCCCACCUUCUGAACAAACAUUUCUGAAUUGCAUUUACGCUGUAUAUUCGCAAAUGACUUGAACUGUGCUAGCCAAGUUAUAUGUGCAUGCCUUGAAUGUGAAUCUUGGAGAUGAUGUGUGUUAUAUUAAAUUAUCUUUUAAUCUUGCAACAGAGAAAUUGGCACAAGCCAAAGAAGAAAAUCUCAACAUGCAUCAGAUGCUCGAUCAAACUCUGCAGGAGCUUAAUAAUUUGUGAGUGGCUGAGGUUUGCUUCGAACAGGUUGCCCUCUGUUGCCAAAGCCCUUACUUGAGAACAAGUGCACUCUGCUUUUACGUGGAUGUUUGGGAAAGGGCCAGGCAGCCUGGAAUAAGAUUAAUGAUGAAUGAUGAACCGUUUGACGGUAACACUACUGCGCAAUUGAAUAUAUUCCAAAUCAAAAACCUGCAGUAUCCCAUAAUUACACCUUUUAUUAAGAAACUCUCCCAGCUGUUUUUCAAAAGUACUGUAACCUGCAGGCUGUUUGUAUUCCAAAACACACAUUCUCUUGCAACUUCCUGUUUCAAAGGUUGGCUCCACCCUCACCACCCCAUUUAUAUUUUGAUAUUUUCCAGAAAUUAUUUUUAAACCCUUACCAAAUGUCUUUCACCCUUGCAUUGUUUCUUUUGCUGCUUUAGAUUCUUUUUUUAUGGACAAUCGCACUGGCAACCAGAUAACGAAGGGGUUAGGGCACAACACUUUAAACCCACUGGGUUUUUAAAUGCUUGCAGUUUUACUUUGGGAGGGAAGAGGAGGAGAAAGGAAUGUUUUAUUUGAAGCUAUGGGUACUGCAGCCUAGAAUAUUGCCUGUUUUGUAACAAACUAUGUAGUUGUCCCAUGUCCAAAUCAUUCAGACAGAUGUCUGAGUCGUAAUCCUCCUCCCAUCUUUUAGUUCAACUUUCCCCAAAGAGGUUAGAAGUCAAUUUUUUAAAAUGUAUUUAAAGUAACUCACCACUUCCUAUCUUAAAUAUGAACAUCUUUGAGUUCGCUGCAAAAUCACUGAAUGUAGGGAUGUAGAUGGCGUCACAUGCAUAGAAGGCAUUAUGCACAUUGCAUAAAAUGCAUAGAAAAGUUGUUGGAAUAUAUUUGAUAAACCCACUACUCUACUUGGAAGUUGAGGGGUGGACUUACAACAAUUUUGUUGUAAUGUAGUAAUUAUUAAUGGGGUGCCUCUGCCAAUAUUGGCUGAUUUUAUCUGUGGCCAGUUAUUAAGACCAUAAACAUGAGUACAAUGAAAUUACAAAAUUAAUUGCUGCCUUUGUAUACUCUUGAAUAUUGAAAAGGCAAAAUCAGAAGACUAUUUUGUUGCAAAAGGCAAUAAUGAAUGGAACAUUCUGGUAAUUCUUCCCUGUGCACGCUUAAUGUGAAUUGGUUUAACAAUAUAUCUGUCUGUAAACUUUAUUAUGGUAAUAAACACACACUCAUGAGA